CGCCAUUCGGGUUCUUGGGCCGGCUCCGCUUAGCAUGGAAGGCGCCCCGAUGGCCGCCAAACCCCCCGUGCGGAGGAAGGGAAGGCCGCGGAGGCAGCAGAAGGAGCCGGGCGGACGGACAAGCCUCCCGGGCGGCGCGGCGCUGGAGGAAACCCCCGGCGGGGCCCAGAGAGGGGAGGCCCCCACCGCCUCCUGUGGGCGGUACCCUUUGCGGCGAGGAAGUUCGUUCACGUUUCUAACUCCUGGAUCGCACUGGGAUUUUAAUUUGAAAAGGAAGCGGAGGGAGAAAGACGAUGACGCAGUCAGUAUUUGUAGCUUCGAUCUGAAGGAGCCUAGCAAUAAACGUGUCCGAUCUCUGGCCCGGGUCACCUCCUUGGCAAACCUGAUUUCGCCUGUACGAAAUGGUGCAGUGCGUCGCUUCGGACAGACCAUACAGUCGUUCUCCCUUCGCGGCGGCGACAAAUCCCCGGCGAGUGGUCAGAAGCCGUGCAGCCGGCUAACGGCCCCCACCCCACCCAAAAGAAGGAACAGCGUCCUCUGGUCCGAGACGUUGGAUGUCACUAUGAAGGAGACGCUGAGCACCAAGGAAAUCAAACGCCAAGAGGCGAUCUACGAACUUUCUCGGGGAGAGCAGGAUCUGAUCGAGGACCUGAAGCUUGCCAGAAAGGCUUACCACGACCCCAUGUUGAAGCUGUCCAUCAUGUCCGAAGAGGAACUGAGCCACAUCUUUGGAGAUCUGGAUUCCUACAUCCCCUUGCACGAAGACUUCCUGGAAAAACUGGGGCAGGUGACCCGGCCGGAUGGGACGGUGGAGCAAAUCGGACCCAUUCUUGUGGAAUGGCUCCCCGGGCUGAACGCCUACAAGGCCUACUGCAGCAACCAGCUGGCAGCCAAAGCCCUCCUGGACCAGAAGAAGCAGGAUGCCCGAGUCCAAGACUUCCUGCAGCGUUGCCUGGAAUCUCCUUUCAGCCGCAAGCUGGACCUCUGGAGCUUCUUGGACAUUCCUCGCAGUCGCCUGGUCAAGUACCCGCUCCUCUUGAAGGAGAUCCUCCGGCACACGCCCAACGAUCACCCCGAUGUCCAGAGUCUGGAAGAAGCAAUCUGCCUCAUCCAAGGAGUCCUCUCGGACAUCAACUUGAAGAAAGGAGAAUCGGAAUGCCAAUACUACAUCGAUAAGCUGGAAUACCUGGAUGAGAAGCAGCGGGACCCACGGAUCGAAGCCAGCAAAGUGUUGCUUUGUCACGGGGAGCUGAAGAACAAAAACGGGCAUAAGCUUUACAUCUUCCUUUUCCAAGAAAUCCUGGUCCUCAGCCGGCCCGUCACGCGGAACGAGCGCCAUUCUUACCAAGUGUAUCGGCAGCCGAUCCCGGUACAAGACCUGGUGCUGGAGGACUUGCAAGAUGGAGACGUCAAAAUGGGCGGGUCGUUCCGAGGUGCCUUCGGCAAUUCGGAUAAAGCCAAGAACAUUUUCCGGGUCCGUUUCCGGGACUCCUCCUCGGGCCAGUCCCACACGCUGCAGGCCAACGACAUCUUCCACAAGCAGCAGUGGCUCAGUUGCAUCCAGGCGGCCAUCGCGCCCUUCCAGCCGAGCCCCGUGCCUUUCGAGAUGAAGGACCUGCCCGAGCUGAGCGAGGAAGGCGAAGAGAACCAACCCUUCGGCUCCAACGCCAAGAUCCAAAGGAGGCAGCCUUCCGCCUCGGGCAGUUUCCGCAUGGAGCUGGGCGAGAACGGCUCCGAAGCCGACGUGGCGGGAGAGAUGAAGAACGUCAAAACUUACCGGAUGCAUUCGGCGCUCAGGAGAAACAGGGACAAAAGCCAGACCAGCGUCAAACGGAAAGAGACUCUGGUUUAAAUAGCGGGAGCGAACGGCUUCCUCGCUCUUUAAUUUAUAAAUAAAGUGUACAUUUUCUUUCCUGUAAUGUGAGAAUGGUGAAGGGUCUGUUGUUCUCUCUUUGUUGGUCUUUUUGUGUUACAUGUGAGUCUUUCUUUCUUUCUUUCUUUCUUUCUUCCUUCCUUCCUUCCUUCCUUCCUUCCUUCCUUCCUUCCUUCCUUCCUUCCUUCCUUUUUCUUUCUUUUUUUUUUUAAAGGCAGCUACUGGUUUUUCCGCAAACGUUGUUGAACCGGCGUCUCAUCCCGUGGGUGGGUCGAAAUUAAGGGCUCGAUUUCUGGAUUGCAACAGCAGACUCCGGAGGUCCCGAUCCCUUCUGUACAUAGUGUUAAUAUCGGGAAGGAAAAGCGCUCUCCAAAAGGCUGCAAAGGUGUUAAAAUUGCCUUCCCAAAUACAAAUCAGCUCUUUAAAAAAAAAAAAAAAACAGUUCAUUUGGGGGGAGGGGAAUAAUUGGAAUUUUGGAGGGGUUUUGUGACUCUCAAUGACUUUGAUUCUCUGAACAGAAGUCGUCCAAUUAUCAGCUUUUCUUCUAAAGCAGUGUUUCUCAACUGCUCUAAAUUGAAACACUGCUCUAAAUUGACAUGGUCUAUUGUGUUCCUCACAAAAAGACCCCGGGUUCAACGCGUUUCCAUUUGAAUGACUGGAAUUCUACACUUGGUGGUGUGCUUUCCUUCCUGCGAAUUGCUACGCCACGUAUUUAAUCUUUGUUUUUGUUUUUUGUUUUUUUAAAUAUUAUUUGAAUACUUUUGUAGACCCUUUCCUUUUUGUACUUUGAUUCCUGUGUCGUUUCUUUCUCAAAACUCACCCUUUUUCCCCCCUUCCCCUUUUCUUGAUGCAUGAGUGCUGGUAUAUAUAUGUAUAUAUAUAUAUAUACUAUUUGUGAUUCAAACCGAAAAGCCAAUUCAGACCGUUUCAAACCGGUUGAAACCAAGCCAUAGAAUAACUCGAGACAUUGGAAGGAGGGGAAAAAAACAGACCGGUGUCCCCACUUUUCCAACCGAUCUGGGAUUCGGGGGCGGCCUUUUGAAUCGAUCUGAGGAGAGAAAAUUUCCGUGUCCAAGGUAGAGCUCCGGUGGUCAGGAAUUGGCUAUCUUUAAAUAAGGAGGGAGACUGAAGUUGGUUGAGAAUGUAGCAAUUGGGGAAGGUUGACUCCAGCAAGGCUGAAUUGCAACUGCUGGAAGAAAGUGAAGGAAGAAGAAGGGGUUAUCGAAGAUGUGAAUAAAGGGACCAAGUUUGCGAUUAAAAAGGGGACAAAAGUCUCUUGAAAGGCAUCAAAAGAUGCAGCCGUUGCGGGAAGCAGGGAAAAGCACGUCGUAAAGAGGGUUAGCGAGGGGUUUGUUACUGUGUUGGGAACGGGGAAGGAUAAAUACGGAUGUUGGGUUUUACUGGCAAUUCUCUCCCGAGGAUUGGAUCUCCAGGUGGGAGAUCUUGCUCAAAACGCAAGAGCUGUCCAAAAGAAUGAAUGAAUAAAUAAAAAUAAAGCCGCCGCAGCCCACUUGAAAAAAGACCUCCCCAAAAUUGGCCCAGUAAGAAGUUUAAAAAAAAAAAAAAUAGUGUGAGUUUUUGGGUUUUUUUUUUUUAAAAUUCUGGUGCCGAAAGGCACCUGGGCCAGCGUUGAGGGUGGGUAGGGGUUGAAGCCCCUGCGAGCAAAUGUAAAUAAGAGAAUUACCAAAGCUCUGUAAAUGUUUCCUUGUACAGUAACAUGAAAUGGAAAAUUAACGAUUAAAAGCUCAUUAUCGCAUCGA